CUUUUGUUUAUAUAGAAAAACGGUCUGGAUGUGUUUAGGACCGCACACACUCCCACAACAACUGAAGACGUCUGCCACGGGAUUGCCUUUUAGCCUGGAAAGGGAGAUAGGUCCUAUCACUGAAAGAGAUUAAGCAUUAACUCAGGCACUCUCAAAGUGCACACAGACUCCCCACUGAAGGACCUGCGUGAAGUUUUCACCAGUGUGGGUGCUCAGAAGUUUUUAUGGCUCUCAGUCUUGCUGAAUCACGGCUCGCUCUAGGCUUCAAGAGGAAUACGCUCCGGCUGGACUAGUGAGCUCCUCAGACUUCUGGAGCAUCAGUUUUCCCCAGUCCCAGGGGAACAAGGGGGGAACAUGUCAGCUGCUCUCGAUGAAUUCUGCGGCUCCCUUUUCUGGAAUGCCUCCGUCCUGGAUCGGCCUGACCCAGACCUGACUGUGUGUGUGGAGCAGACGGUUCUGGUAUGGAUCCCCCUGGGGUUCCUGUGGCUCUGCAGUCCAUGGCACCUAGUAGCACUUUUCAGGGGCAAAGCUCCCAAAAGACGACUAUCCAAGCUCUAUAUCUGCAAACAGAUCCUGACAGGACUCUUGUUUCUUACUGCUGUGGCUGGGCUUGCCGUCACUCUUGGUGAGGAUUUUGGCCCCAACAGUGACUCCACAACUAAGAAUGCAGCAGUCUUCUACACCAACCCUGUGCUGUUUACCGUCUCUUGGAUUUUGGUGAUGCUUUGCCACGAGGGCGUGAGACGGAAACCGACUGCCGUCGACUCCAGCUCCCUCUUCCUCUUCUGGGCCCUGCAGGUGCUGUGUGAGAUCUUUGCAUUCCAGACACUCCUUCGGAAAGCUCUGGAAGCGGGGGAAAUCUCAGAUCUUCCACGCUUCUGUUUGUUCUACAUAGCCUUUGGGCUGCAAGUCAUAUCCCUCGUUAUCUCUGGCAUCGCUGAUGUACCACCUGAAGUAAAGGAGAAGGUCAAGAAGAAUCCAGAGACGGGAGCUGCAUAUAUUAGCAGAAUCACAUUUAACUGGUUUAACAGCAUGGUUUUCAAAGGCUACAGGAAGCCCUUGGUUCAGGAAGACCUGUGGGAUUUGAAUAACAAGGAUUCCACCUCCUACAUCUACGAGGGGUUUGAGAAAGUGAUGAACGAUGAGCUGGUCAAAGCUCGGUACAGGUUUCAGAAACAGCUCAAGAAGGUGAAAGCCAAACAGAAACAGGAUCCUCAUCAAAAUGGCCUUUCAAAAGGUGUCAGCCAAGAUGUUCUAGUGAUGGAGGAAAAAGGUAACAGUAAAGACAAGAAGAAGAAAGAGAAAAAGAAAGAUGAUGAAGUGUUACAUCCGAAUUCAUGGCUUAUACCGACCAUUGCCAAGGCAUUCAAAGGGCCGCUUAUCGAGUCUGCUGUCUUUAAACUACUAUACGACCUUCUGGCCUUUGUCAGCCCUCAGUUGCUCAAGUUGAUGAUCACUUUUACCCAAGACAAGAGCAUCUACACAUGGUAUGGCUACCUGUAUGCCAUUCUGUUGCUGGUGGUGGCUGCCGUGCAGUCCAUCUUUCUCCAGCAGUACUUCCAGCGAUGCUUUGUGCUGGGAAUGAAAGUCCGCACAGCACUAAUGGCAGGCGUUUACAAGAAGGCCCUAAUUGUGUCUAACGACACACGUCAAGAGACGACGGUGGGCGAGACGGUCAACCUCAUGUCGGCAGAUGCCCAGCGCUUCAAUGACAUCACCAACUUCAUCCACCUGCUGUGGUCAUGCCCUCUGCAGAUCGCUCUCGCUAUCUACUUCCUGUGGCAGGAGAUGGGCCCAUCCGUGUUGGCAGGCCUGGGCGUCAUGAUUCUCAUGGCUCCCAUCAACGGCUUACUGGCCACCAAAUCCAGGGACCUCCAGACUGCAAACAUGAAGCUGAAGGACAAACGCAUGAAAAUUAUGACUGAAAUUCUGAAUGGUAUCAAGGUUUUGAAGCUGUAUGCCUGGGAGCCGUCUUUCGAGGCCAUGAUCCUUGCUAUUCGAGAGCAGGAACUGAAGCUGAUGAGGAAGAUUGCCUACUUCUCCUCCAUCUCCACCUUCAUUUUUGCCACCGCCCCUGCUCUAGUUUCCAUGGCAACAUUUGCUGUUUUUGUUUCGGUCGAUUCAGACAACAUCCUGGAUGCUGAGAAAGCUUUCACUUCCAUAUCACUUUUCAACAUCCUUCGUUUUCCUCUAGCCAUGCUGCCCAUGCUCAUUGCCGCCAUGGUCCAGAUCUCCGUAUCUAAAAAACGUUUGGAAAAGUUCUUAGGCGGCGAAGACCUUGACAGCAACGCUGUGCACCACGACCCGAGUUUUAGCAGUGCAAUCGCCGUUUCAGAUGGUACCUUCUCUUGGGGGAAGGAGAAUGAGCCUACCCUGAAAAACAUAUCUCUGGAUAUAAAGCCCGGAAGGCUGAUUGCUGUGGUUGGAGCUGUAGGGUCAGGGAAGUCCUCCAUGCUGUCUGCGUUACUUGGAGAAAUGCAUAGUAGCAAAGCUUCCAUUAACAUGAAGGGCUCAGUGGCCUACGUUCCCCAGCAGGCCUGGAUCCAGAAUGCCACGCUGAAGGACAACAUCCUGUUUGGCUCCGAGCUGGAGGAGAGCAAGUACCAGAGCGUGAUGGACGCCUGCGCCCUCAACCCCGACCUGGAGCUGUUGGCAGCCAGAGAUGAGACAGAGAUUGGGGAGAAGGGCAUUAACCUGAGUGGAGGCCAGAAGCAGCGAGUGAGCCUAGCAAGAGCCACCUACAACAACGCCGACACCUACCUGCUGGAUGACCCUCUGUCGGCCGUCGAUUCGCAUGUCGCCAAGCACCUCUUUGAGAGGGUCAUCGGGCCAAAUGGACUCCUGAGAGAUAAAACCAGGAUCCUGGUGACUCACGGCGUCAGCUUCCUGCCUUACGUUGAUGAGAUCAUAGUGCUGGUGGACGGCCUGGUGACGGAAGUGGGGACUUACGAGAGCCUGAAGGCCAGUGGAGAGGCCUUCUCUGAAUUCCUGUCCACGUAUGCCAAAGAUGAGAAAAAGAAGUCCUCAGAGGAUGAGCCUUCAGAAGCUGAGGUAGACACGGUCCCCGAAGCUCAGGACCCCCAGCCAGACAUCUCCCCUGAGGACGUGGUGUCUGUAACCCUGAAGAGGGAAAACAGUCUGCGGCACAGCCAGAGACAUGCUCAACGCAACGGCAGCAUCCGGCUGAGGAAAACCAGCUCUGUUAGGGCUAAAAAGACUUCAGAUGAGGCCAAAAAAGGCCAGAGAUUGAUUGAGAAAGAAGCCAUGGAAACUGGAACGGUGAAAUUUUCAGUCUACGUGCAGUACUUGCGGGCCAUGGGCUGGUGCUUCUCCUUCUUGGUCUUUCUGAUGUACCUCAUCCAGAACGUCGCUUUCAUUGGCUCCAACCUGUGGCUGAGUGCAUGGACCAAUGACGCAGUGACAUACUUCAACCAGACAUACCCUGCCCAUGUGAGGGAUAUGAGAGUGGGCGUGUUCGGUGCUCUUGGCGUGGCGCAAGGCAUCUUCAUCUUCCUGGGCACUCUCCUGCUGGCAGACGGAGCAGUGUCGGCGUCGCGGAUACUACACACACGCCUGCUCGUCAACGUGUUGCGUGUGCCCAUGCUCUUCUUCGACACCACGCCGUCUGGCAGAGUGGUCAACCGGUUUGCCAAGGAUAUGUUCACGGUGGACGAGAUGAUCCCCAUGUCCUUCCGCUCCUGGGUCCUCUGCCUGCUGGGGGUGAUCGGCACCCUGUUAGUCAUCUGCCUGGCCACCCCGAUAUUUCUAGCCGUCAUUGUGCCCCUGGCUGUCGUCUAUUACUUUGUGCAGAGGUUUUAUGUCGCAGCGUCAAGGCAGCUCAGGCGUCUGGACUCUGUUUCCCGCUCACCCAUCUACUCCCAUUUUGGAGAGACUGUGGCCGGCCUGUCCGUCAUCAGGGCUUACGGCCACCAGGACCGAUUCCUGAAACACAACGAAAUGACCAUGGACGAGAACCUCAAGAGCGUCUAUCCCUGGAUAGUUUCUAACAGGUGGCUUGCCAUUCGACUGGAGGGUCUGGGAAAUUUGGUGGUGUUUUUCGCUGCGUUGUUUGCAGUGCUGGCACGAGAUUCACUGAGCAGUGGACUGGUUGGACUGUCCAUCUCCUAUGCUUUAAAUGUGACUCAGACCUUGAAUUGGUUGGUGAGAAUGACCUCCGAACUUGAAACCAACAUUGUCGCAGUGGAGAGAGUGAGCGAAUACACCGAGAUCAAAAAUGAGGCUGCCUGGAUCACAGACAAGAGUCCAGAUAAAGCCUGGCCUGAAACUGGGAAGAUUCGUUUUGAGAAUUACAAAGUCCGCUACCGUCCUGAGUUGGACCUGGUUCUGCAUGGGAUCACGUGUGAUAUUGACAGCACUGAGAAAAUUGGUAUCGUGGGCCGCACUGGGGCAGGAAAGUCCAGUCUCACAAAUUGCUUGUUCCGUAUCAUCGAAGCUUCUGAGGGGAAGAUCCUCAUAGACGGAGUGGACAUUGCCACCAUUGGCCUGCAUGAUCUUAGAAGCAGACUGACUAUCAUACCACAGGAUCCCGUGCUGUUCUCUGGAAGUCUCCGCAUGAAUCUGGACCCGUUUGAGAAGUUUAGUGAUGAGGAGCUGUGGAGAGCAUUGGAGCUCUCCCACUUGAAGGAGUUUGCACAGGGUCUGCCCGAAAGGCUGCUCUAUGAGGUCUCGGAAGGAGGCGAGAACCUCAGUGUCGGGCAGCGUCAGCUCCUCUGCCUGGCCAGAGCUCUGCUUAGGAAGUCCCGCAUCCUGAUCCUGGACGAGGCCACAGCUGCCGUGGACCUGGAGACAGACGACCUGAUCCAGACCACCAUCAGCAAGGAGUUCUCGGACUGCACAGUGCUCACCAUCGCUCACCGGCUCAAUACCAUCCUGGACAGCUCGCGAGUGAUGGUGUUGGAUGCUGGCAAGAUAGUGGAGUUUGAUUCACCUAGUGCAUUGUUCCGGAAGAAGGGACACUUCUUCUCUAUGGCAAAGGAUGCUGGAAUCACCUCACUUGACUAUACUGCACUGUAAGUGUGAGGACAUGGGGGACCUGUGUCUCCAGGCAUUGCAGUACUUCAUGCUACUUCAUACAUAUGUUUUUUGUUUGUUUAUCUUCUUAUACUGUACAUGUCACAUAUUUAAAUUGCCCAUUAAGGCUGAUGUGAUACAUUGUCAAGUGUUUUGUACAGUUUAGCCAGGACCACUGUGAAAUCUCUUACUUUUGUAAUUUUAUUUUAUAUUUAAAUAAACAUGUUGUCCAUGAUUGGAGAAAACAA